AUAUAUUGGUUUUCACCAAAAAAAUAUAUUAUAUAUUGGUAAAAAAAUUAAGUUAAUGAUGACAUAUGAUGAUAAGAAUAGUGAAAAAAUCCCAACUCUAGCUUAUAAAAAAAAAAAAAAAUGAAGGGAGUACUUUAAGUCGGUUCAUCUCUAAAUUCCAAAAAAAAAAAAACAUAAAAAAAAAUAAAAUUCCUAAUAUUACAUACGUCAAAGUCGGUGUUUGAAUUCCCUCACCACCUUAAACCAAACAUACUCCAAAGUCAAAUAGUCUCUCCCGCAAAAACAACAGCAUCAUAUCAUCAUCUUAGAAAGGUAGAAAGUACGGAAAUCCGAGAUUUGGAGCAGCAACAAUGGCGUUGAAGUUUCUGAACAAGAAAGGAUGGCAUACUGGAAGCCUUCGAAACAUUGAAAACGUUUGGAAAGCCGAGCAAAAACACGAGCAAGAACAACGCAAAUUAGAGGAGCUUCGCAAGCAGAUUCUCGAGGAGAGAGAACGCGAUGAAUUUCGUGUUCUUCAAGAGCAAGCUGGCCUUACCCCGAGGCAGGAAAGAUUGGAAUUUCUGUAUGAUUCUGGAUUAGCUGUUGGAAAACCCACUUCUGAUGGAUUUCAGGGACUUGGAUCUUUGCCUGGUGUUGAUAAUUCGGCUUCAGCAGCAGCAGCACCGGCACCGGCACAAUCAGUGGAAGCGCAACCAACUGUCCCUGGAGCUUUGUUUGAAGAAAAACCACAAUCUGCCAAUGAUGCCUGGAGGAAACUCCAUACUGAUCCACUGCUGAUGAUUCGGCAAAGGGAGCAAGAAGCUCUGGCUCGAAUAAAAAACAAUCCAGUAAAGAUGGCUAUGAUUCGUAAAUCAGUCGAAACAAAGAAGAAACAUGGUGAAUCACAUGAUGAAGAGCGCCAAAAGGUAAAAUCAAAACAUAAAAAACACUCCUCAUCCAAGUAUCACUCCGAAUCUGAAAGUGAUAGUCAUGAAGAGAGAGAAAGGAAAAGGAAGGUGAAGCACAAAAAGAAAGAGCGUCACUCUGACACGGAAAGUGAUAGCAAUGAAGAAAGAGAAAGGAAAAGGAAGAACAAGAAAAAAGAACAUUUACAUUCUGAUGAGGACUCUAAAGACAGAACUAGACAUCAUAGUCGUUCCCACAGAGACUAUGAAAGUGAGAAACAGCAGCGCAGAAGCCCUAGUCGUUCCCACAGAGACUAUGAAAGUGAGAAACAGCAGCGCAGAAGCCCUGGAAAGCAAAGAUCAGAGAGAAAUAGAGAUAACGAGUUUCAGAGAGGAAACGAGAGAUCAAAGCAUUCAGAAUCCCACUCAGACCAUCAUAAAGACAAAUAUGUUCACAACGCAAUAGAUUAUGGUAGAUCACACCAAGAAAGUGAAUCUAAGCAUAUUGCUCUGCCACCUAGGCAGGAUUCAUACAGGCGGCGAGGCAAGGCUCCUCAACUCUCUGAAGAAGAGAGGGCUGCUAGGUUGAGAGAAAUGCAAAUGGAUGCUGAGACACAUGAAGAGCAACGAUGGAAACGACUGAAGAAGGCUGCUGACGAUGAUGCACGUGAAGCUAACCAAGCAGGCAGUUCCCAGGGCAAGUCGUUCCUAACUUCCGUUCAGAAGAGUGUGUACGGUGCUGAGAAAGGGGGGAGCUCAACAAUUGAGGAAAGUGUCCGUCGUCGUUCCCAUUUUCGUCAGGGAAGAGCGUCAGAUGAGAGCAAUGCAUUCCGAAGGUGAUGAAAUGCUGUACUUCAAAGAUUUUCUUCCCUAGGGCAAAUUCAUCUAAGGAAGCUUAAAGUGAAGUAGAUGAAGUUGGUUGCCUGUUGCAUUUCACUACUACUGGUAUUGUCAUUUGUUUUGUACUUGCCGUCAAUUGAGAUUUGUUAGGACCCUGUAAAGUAAGUUGAAAACAAGGAGCUAGAACAUUUAAGUACUUGUUUUAUUUCAAUAGGUGCUUGGCUCUGCGAGACAGAUUUGUAAUUCUUCUUGACUAUAUGUUGACUUCCGCCCAUCCUGCAUAGGAAUUUUAUCAAUCAUGAAUGAGGGUACCUUCUAUUUUGGUUGGUAUAUCAUGAGAAAAGAAAGUUAUUGCGCAUUCUCUUUCCAAGA